CCCAAGAAUCAAUAGGGCAACAUAAAAUGCUGUAUCUGCACAUGGAUUUACAGAAAAGAAAUUGUUAAUACAACAGCAAUGUUUAUCACUGCACUAUUGUGCCAUGCAGCCUAAACACAUUUCUGUCUAAAUGAAUGUCAGCGAUUUUAAAGGAGCAGCUGAGAAGACCAGAAAAAAAAACACGUAGAAACACAAAACGAGAGACCACAGAGGAAAAAUGAGAAGAAACUGCAGGAGACCGCCUCCUUCAAGAGACCCGAAUCUCUAAUAUGAUCACUAAGGACUAAGGAGUAAAUCUAAAGUUCUCACUGUUCAGUGAUGUGCUGUUCUGAAAAGGAAAAUACGUUCCUGUUUUUUUAGAUCACAUUUUAAAGAGAAAUGUAGUUCUAAGCAGGACUUUUUCUCAGAUAAAACGUGGGUUACUUUCCUUUCCUUCUUCUUUCUGUUGAGGGUCUCGGCAAGCAAGGGGCUCAAAGCAGGAUACACCUUGGGCAGGACGGCGGUCCAUCGCAGGAGACACACACACUCACACCUAGGGCUAAUUUUCCAAGAAACCAAUUAAACUACUAGUAUGUUUUUGGAGUGUGGGAAGAAACCGAGACACCCGGAAUAAGCCCCCAUGAACAUGUGGAGAACAUACAGACUCCACACAGAUAGCACCCCUGGUCCAGAAUUGAACCCAGGGCCUCGGCAAAGUAUAGCAAAUCUUUUCUUUUCCAGUUUCUCACUGUUCUCCAUCCUUCACCCGCACGUAUCUAGUCCUUGCUUUCAUUUUGGAAUGACUAGAGCUCUUAUAUCUUAUAUACUGCUCCACAAACAAAACACACCAUUACAAACACUGCAAAUUUCAGUCCUACGUCAUCGAGUGGACUCAGAAACUCGAGACAGAAUGUCUCUUUCUAAGAAACCUCCUGCAUCUAAAAAAAAAAUUAAAAUGUCCAAGAUGAAGGUAAUGUGAAUCAAAGGAACACGUAAAGGUUUAUUCCAUGCUGGAAAGAAAGCAGACGCAAUGUUUUGGCUGUGGAGCCUUCUUCGAGUGUGUCCUAUGGAAUCAAAGGUUAUGUUUUACAAUACAAACACAAUCCCAGUUUCUGGACUGCAUAAUUGAAGUUCACCUUUGAGGUCAGUCCCGCCCGGGGAUAGGAAGAUGGAGAUUGUUCAAUGUCUGCUAGUGUGGGCGCCGGUAGGUGGCGCUACAAGGGGAGCCGCUCAGUCAGUUUCCCUUCCCUCCACAGCAGGGCGCCGUUGUCCCACCUUUUUUUUUUGUGCGCAUUUCUAUGGUAGCUCGAACGUCACGUGUUUUCCUAAAGCGAGUUUGUGUAAUGUGUGUUGUUGGGAUAUGUCAUUGGAGAAAACUUGAAAAAAUAGUUGAAGGAAAAAAAAAAAGAGGUUAUCGGUCUACAUGGCAACUUCACGAUUGCCUCCAACAGCACUAACUCUGAAGCAGUUCAUACAGAGACAGAAGGUGCUCGGUCUGUACAGGAGCAUGCUGAGGACUAUCCGGAGGGUCCCUGACGCAGCGGACCGACAGUUUCUUCAGAGCUGGGCAAGAGAGGAGUUUCGGAGGAACAGAGGUGCGACGGACCAGGAUGCGAUUCGAAUGAUGAUUACACAAGGGAACAUGCACCUCCAGGACCUCCAGAAGACACUUCAGCUGGCUGGAAGCUAGCAGGGCCGAGAAACUCUGGGACUGGGACACUUUUUUUGACAGACUGUUGGAGCGUCUUUGUGACUUUGUUGACUGAUUUAUUUAUUAUGGUUUGGUUCAACAGAGGAAGAAACGGAACAUUCCAGUCUGCUUCGCUGUGCAGGUUGUUAUAAUCAGCUCUUGAUUAUAACAAAAGAGAGUAGUGUAGUUUAUCGCCAUAUGUACCCGUACAGUGGAAUUCUUAAUCACACUGAUCUCUCCGGACAUACACUGUACAAUAGACAACAACACACAAUGUAGGCGAAAGGAACAAUAUGUAGUAGUCAGACCACAAAAUUGGUAGACUAUGUAAAAAGUUAAUAGUGCAAAAAUUUGAAAUACUCAGUUCUACAUUCAGAUAGAUUAUUAAAGAAUGUUUGAAACUGGGUGGCAUGGUGACAAAGGGGUUAGCAUAGCUCCCUUAUAGUGCCUGACACCCUGGGUUCAGUUCCUGGUGCCAUAUGUGUGGAGUUUGUAUGUUCUCCCCAUGCUUGUGUGGGUUUCUUCCCAU